AUGCGGCUACCCAGCAUGUCCGGACACUUUCUGCUCGCGCCCAUCCCGGAGGCCGCCUCGGACUGCCUCCCGCCCAAGGACAUCAAACUGGCCGUUUUGGGCUCCGGCCGCGUAGGCAAGAGUGCAAUGAUUGUGCGUUUCCUGACCAAGAGAUUCAUUGGCGAUUAUGAACCAAAUACAGGUAAGCUGUAUUCCCGGCUUGUCUGUGUGGAAGGAGAUCAGCUGUCCCUGCAGAUCCAGGACACCCCGGGAUACAUUCAGCUACAAGACAGUGUCAUUCAGGUGGUGGACUCUCUCUCCAGAUGCGUGCAAUGGGCAGAGGGUUUCUUGCUGGUCUACUCCAUCACAGACUCCGACAGCUACCAGUCCAUCCGGCCCCUGUACCAGCACAUCCGGAAGGUCCACCCUGACCCCAAGGCCCCCGUCAUCAUCGUGGGCAACAAGGGAGAUCUGCUGCAUGCUCGCCAAGUGCAGACACAUGAUGGCAUUCAGCUCGCCAGCGAGCUGGGCAGCCCAUUCCUGGAAAUCUCCACCAGCGAGAACUACGAUGAUGUCUGUGAUGCCUUUCAGCAUCUCUGCCGAGAAGUGAACAAGCUGCACAAUGUGGGUGGGGAGAGGAGACGCUCCUCCAUCAUCCCCCGUCCACGCUCGCCCAAUAUGCAGGACUUGAAGAGGCGCUUCAAGCAGGCGCUCUCGUCCAAAGUCAAGUCCCCUUCUGCCUCCUCGGCACUGGGAUGA